CGUGGCAGUAUGGUCGCAAAACAAAAGGCUGUCGCGUUCGGUGAUUUUUAGAGGAGGAUUUUCUCCUACAAAAUACAGCAAUUUAGGUAUAAAUAUAGCGAAAAGAACAUCGUGCAGUCAUGACAAAGUGUUUAGCAACGAUGGUGUACAUAGUACUUACGGCUCUGGUGUGCAGCCUGGGCGGAACGGAGGCUGUCCGGGCCAAGUUCGUCACCUGCGGAUCGGUCCUCAAGCUUCUCAAUGUUGCCUACAAUAUGCGACUGCACUCUCAUGACGUGAAAUACGGCACGGGAUCAGGUCAACAGUCAGUCACGGCGACAGAGAUUCAGGAGGACGCCAACAGUCACUGGAUUAUCAAGGCUAAAACCGGCAAAAUGUGUGAUCGCGGUACUCCAGUGUCAUGUGGAGAUAUCAUCCGACUGCAGCACAUGACCACGAAGAAGAACCUCCAUUCUCAUCACUUCGGCAGCCCUCUGAGCGGGAAUCAGGAGGUGUCUUGCUAUGGCGACGAUAAUGGCGAAGGAGACACUGGAGAUCACUGGGAGGUAAUCUGUUCAGGAGACCACUGGCACAGGGACUCUGCAGUAAAGCUGAAGCACGUGGAUACGAAUAUGUAUCUCGCUGUGUCUGGCCGCACAUUCGGUCGCCCCAUCAAUGGCCAAAUGGAAGUGAUGGCAAUGACCCAGCCACGAGGUGAGGGUGACUGGAAAGCCGCCGAAGGCAUUUUCCUUCACGCCAAUGAUGUCAAAGACCAUUCUUAUGCCCACACCGAGCUCUAAAGCACACUACCACUAAUUAACCUCCCCUGAGGAACUGUGUGAAUCGUGUGAAUGAAUGUGAAUUUAUUAUUAAAUUAAUCAGACGAGA